AUGAUGAAGCGUAGAAGAGUGCAGGUGCUCCUGAUUCUGGCAGUUCUGUUCUUCCUUCUGAUCCACUUCUACUUCCCACCCUGCAGCAACAAUGUCCCCGUGGAAGAAAAACCUUCUCCAGUCCACAUCCUUAUUCUCUCCUCCUGGCGGUCAGGAUCUUCCUUCACUGGGCAAAUCUUCAGCCAGCACCCCAGCGUCUUCUACCUGAUGGAGCCCGCAUGGCACGUGUGGGUUAACAUGUACCAGAACAGUGCCAAGGUCUUGCACAUGGCAGUGCGGGACUUAGUCAGGUCGGUCUUUCUGUGUGACAUGUCUGUAUUUGAUGCUUACAUGUCUAGCCAGAAGAAAAAGUCUGACUUAUUUCAGUGGGAGACAAGCCGAGCCUUGUGCUCCCCCCCUGCUUGUGACUCCUUCAGUCGCAGUGACAUAAUCAGUGCAGGCAAUUGCAAAACAAUCUGUGGCAAGUACCCAUUCAGCAAGGUGGAGGAAGCUUGUAAAACCUACAGCCAUGUUGCGGUCAAGGAGGUUCGGUUCUUUGACCUGAAAGUUCUCUACCCCCUUCUCACUGAUCCAUCCCUGAACCUCAAAAUCAUUCACCUGGUACGUGAUCCUCGGGCUGUGUUCAAGUCCCGAGAGAAUACAGUGGCAGAACUGAAACGUGACACUAACAUUUUGGUGGGCUCCCAGAGGACAAAGGGAGAAAUGGGGCCCUACAACACAAUGCAAGUAAUCUGCAAAAGCCAUCUUGAGAUUUACAAGGCAGGCAGUCAGGCCAUUCCCAGCUUUCUCAAAGACCGCUACCUGCUGGUUCGCUAUGAAGAUAUUGUUAGAGACCCGCUAGCGAAGGCUGCUCAGAUGUACAGGUUUGCAGAACUUCAUUUCACACCAGAACUUCAGAAGUGGGUGCACAACAUCACUCAUGGGAAGGGGCAAGGAGCACGGACCUUUGAUAUUGGGUCCAGAGAUGCGCUGAGAGUAUCCCAGGCCUGGAGGAAGACCCUUCCCUUCCAGAAAAUAGAAAAAGUGCAAAAUAUGUGCAAGGAUGCAAUGGACAUGCUGGGCUACCGUCUCGUUCAGUCUGAAGAAGAGCAAAAAGAUAUGUCACUGGAUCUUUUGUUUGCCCUGAACUCCUCUGAGCAACAAAUUCUGAAGGCAGAAAAGCUGCUCUCUGCACCUACUCUCUGA